AUGGGGAAUUCUUUGUGUACCUGUAAAUGUUGCUGCCCGUGCUGUCCAAAAGAGCCGUCUCUGAACUACAAAAGUGGCUUCCACAAAUCAAUCUACAACUACGUCUCUCGCACGCCACAGGACCUUAAUCUGAAGAAAGGAGAUUUUCUGGAGGUACUAGUAGAGACUGAUCAUUGGUUAUAUGUCAGGAGACACCCAGCAAAAGGUGAAAGAUCCAAAACCUUAGCUGAAGAACAGGGCUAUGUGCCUAAAGACUUCGUCAAACCUUGGGAUAGCGUAGAGGCCGAGUUAUGGUAUUUUGAGAAUGUUAAAACCCGUAUUGAAGCCAAGCGAUGUCUGCUGAGACCAGAGAAUAAUGAGGGUGCGUUCCUCAUAUGGAAGAGUGAAGAAAAUAACCACUAUUACCUAUCAGUGAGAAAUGGCCCUCAUGUGAGACAUUACAGGAUUAAGCAGGCAGAAUUGGAGAAGCAGUUUUUCCUUGUUCAUCAAACAACCUUCAAAACCUUGUCUGAGUUGGUACAAUUUUAUUCUGAAAAUGAGGGCCAACUCUGUGCGAAGCUAAAUGAUCCAUGUGUGAAGCUGGACCAGCCAGCUCCCCCCCUGUCAUUUUAUGCAAAAUGGGAGAUAGAGAGAAGUUUACUGACCAAAAUCAAGAAACUAGGCAGCGGAGAGUUUGCAGAAGUGUGGCAAGGGCGUUGGAACAACACAACAGAUGUGGCUAUCAAAGAGUUUAAAGUCAGCAGUCCAAACAUCAAAACAGAGAUUGAAAUUAUGAAGGAACUGUGUCACAAGCGCUUGUUGAAGCUCUACGGUGUCUGUACCAUUGACAAACCCAUCUGGAUAAUCACAGAGCUCAUGAAAAAUGGCAGUUUAAAGAAAUUUCUCAUCAGCCACAAAGAGCAACAAGAUCUAGAGUUUCCGCUUCUGAUGGAUUUUGCUGUCCAGAUUACAGAAGGAAUGAUUUACCUUGAGAAUAAAAUAGUUCAUAGAGAUCUGAGAGCUGAUAACAUUCUGCUCACCGACAUGCAGUCCUGCAAAAUAGCCGAUUUUGGACUCGCUGAACUCAGUCUCACUGGAAACCAAAGAAGUUCAUCAGAUAUGAAGGUUCCUGUGAAAUGGAUGGCUCCUGAGAUAUUUGAGAACAAGUGCUACACAAGCAAGAGUGACGUCUGGUCUUUCGGGAUCCUCUUAACUGAAAUCGUCACGUAUGGAGAUGACCCAUACCCUGGUCAAGACAAAAUUACGUGCAUUCGAGCUGUUCAGCGAGGACAGCGGAUGGAACGGCCGCCCGGUUGCCCUGAAGCACUCUAUGACAUAAUGCUGCUAUGCUGGAGGUCAAAACCAGAGGAGAGACCAACAUUUACUGAACUAAAGGAGAAGCUGAUGGCUCUCAUCCAGGAGCCGGUUUCUGAACUGGAGUAGAUACUGUAAAAAUGAGACACUUUUGAGCUUGUAUGUAACAUGUAUACAUUCACUACAAAAAUAGUUUACACAAAGAGGUCAUAGUAUACUGUAUAGCAAAUAUCUACUGAAAUAAAUACAUUAUAAAUGGGCGAAUCUCAUGAAAAAUGAAUGAAUGAAAAAAAUUAGAAAUUCUAUUUCGAAUAAAGGAACAUUACGAUGUUUUGCAUUAUCCUCGUGACAAUUGUUGGGCCUCAUGUAUUCAGAUAGAAGACAAAGGCAGGCCUAACACAAGUCGUAAAACCUAACUCAGCCCCCACAUUCCAAGUCGUAAAUCUUACUGAUAAAAAUCGCGCCAAAAUCAAACAAAGGGAGUCCAAAAAAGACUACAAAUCCCAUGAAGCCUUGCUCACUAAAGGAUCGAACUCUCAACUCCUAUUGGAUGAGGCACAUAACAGAACGUCCCUCAAACAUGACAUCAUCAGGAGUUGAAAUACCUCUGAAAUGCUUUCGGGAUUUGCUUCCAGCGACUUUUCUUGCAGUGUGUGGACGCAGCUCAUCGCUGCUCUCAGGUGCAACAUCGUGGCACAAGGAAGUAAUGUCCGACUUGAAACUGUAGCCAUACAAUCUCCAUCUCGCUGGACGAGUUCAACCGAACACUCUAACGAAUCCGAAGGAGACCGCCGAGCAAUUCGCAUCUUCAUCCGUUUGCCUACAGAAGUGAAGAGAUUUCUCUUCCAUCUUCAAUCAAGUCGACAUUUCUGAGUUCUCCGCCAGCCCGCCGAGAAUCAACAGCCGUACCGCCUGCCGACAGAGUGAGGAAACGGCCUCCCGUCAUCACCCGAGCCUCAAGGAACCGGGUCAGAGUUAAAGGACGGAGGAAAACACAUUCUAUGUGUCCUCAUGUGAUUCAAGUAAGAGGUUUACGUCUGGGCAGAGAUAGAUAUUAUAGUGUGUUAUUCUUAUAGUAUGUCCGCUCAUUAUUAAUACUCAGGGUAUUAAUUAUCACAAAUUUGUUUUGCUGUAUUGUGGUCCAACCAAAUUGGAUUAUUGUGCAAUUUCGUCAUCGCGGGUGAGACAGCAACUGAGUUCAUCCAUUAAAGAGUCAAAUAACGCAGGACUUUUACGAGCCGUCCACCGCGUCUCUGAGCGAUGAACUAACAGCUGUUUUCUCUCCCACGAUCGCGAAAUCAGCUUUAGGGCCGUCACUUUAUUCUCUCUCUCGUACUAACCACACACACACACACACACCCUAUGUGUUAUAGGAUUAUUUUAUUUCCAUAUCUAAUCAUAUCACUGUUUAGUUUGUAGUUGUAAGUCGGAAG